ACAAGAUGUUAAGAAUAUUUAAAUGUAAUACAUCUGCCGGUAUUUUGUUAUAAUUUUCCUAAAUACAACGAAAUCAAAGUGGAAAUGGCAUCUGUUUCAACGAAGGAUGAACCCGAAUCUAAAUCCCAAGAUGUAGAAGUGAUGGGCUGUACUAUGCGUACGCAAGGAGAUGGGAUGGAAAAUGUGAUAAUCGAAAAAACUGAAGUUAAACGAUCAAAAUCUCGCCUUGGUGAAACAUUAAUUUAUCAUCCGAUGAACUUGAAACAAUUGAGUUCAAUUCCUCCAGUUACUCCAAAUGGUCCAAUAGUCAAUUUAGUACCGAGGCAUGCUGCUAACGUAAAGGAUGAAAAGCAUAUUUUGAAUUCAUUGAAGUUAAAAGAACCAAAAUUUGUCCCCUACGAGCCUUAUAAAGCUGCGGUUAAUCCGAUCGUUCCAUAUGGAAAGAAAAAUAGGAAGUCACAAAAAGCUGCUGUAAACGUGAACAUGACUGUCUCGCAAGUCGCAGCAAUGAAACUUCAUGAGACAGAAAUAUCUCCUAACAAUGUUAAGGUUGUGAGUAAAGAUAAAUCUGUAGAUAGCGAAUGGUUGAAAGAGAAAAAGACAUACGAGGCAGAAAUACAAAAGCUUAAGGAUGAGAACAGUCAACUAGAGAAUCAAUUAAAAUUUCAAGCACAGGUAAAUGGAGAGUUGAAAAAUUUAUUAGUUGCUGCUGUUGGAGAAGAUCUUGAGACGAAGGUUCAUUUAUUGACCGAAGAUAAGUUGCAACUUGCGAGAGCACUCUUAAAUUCUGCUCAGCACCUUUCGACCCAUCAGGAACAAACGGAAUGGCUAGCAGGUCAAUGCGAAGUCUGGAGAAGUAAAUUCUUAGCCAGUAGUUUAAUGGUCGAAGAACUUGCGAAAUGGAAGGCAGCUCUGUCCCAAAGGACCAUAGAUCUUCAGGAAGCAAUAAAAAGGCUUUUGGAAGACCGAAAUCUCAUACGAGACGUGUCUCUCAAAACGUACAGGACGCUCAGUAUACUGCGCGAAAAGUUCGAUCCCGUAGGAGCUGUCUCUUGCUUUAGGCACAAUUUACCAAGUUCAAACAUAAUAGACUUGGCACAAGGCUGCUGUCAGCUUGCAGAAACUUUAAAAGUUCAAUUAUUAAGCGGUGUACAAAACAUCAAUUUACAAAAGGAAAUCGAUAUAACUGGUCUAGAAAUGAAAACGCUUGCUGAGAAGACUGCAGAACAACUACUUAUGACUCCGAAACUACUUAUGUCAGGAAGACAGGACGUAGCUUGCAGUGCAGUCAUGGGGGCAGCUGUUGCAAUCGGUGGCCAAAUAUUUCUUCCACGAGGUGAUUCAAACAUAACUUGUUGCCCACAUUGUAGCGGUGAAAUUAAACAAAUUUAAACGUUCUUCUAAAAUUUUAAACGUUUCCAUUAAUUUAUUGAGACACUUGUAUAAUU